UUUUUGUUGUGUUGGCUUCGAGCGCGGGGUUGAUGAUUUAGGCCCCAAAGGUGGUGCCAUACAGAGUGAGACCCGAUUUUGGGGAGGAAUGAUCCCAGGAUCUUUGCACAACCCCAUGGAUGCAAGCAUAGUUUCAGUGCAGUGACCAAAAAGCAGAUCCGAGGUCUGUUGUCAGAUUGUUUUAAGCAUGUGGCCUCCUAAUUUUAACUGGAUAGAGCUGCUGGUCGAAUGUCCAUCGGCAUAUUCUCCGAGUCAAGGAGGAUUAAAGCAUGCAGAACGUGCCCAUAGAUAUCACCCGACAAAAUGGCCACGAUGAACCGUCUCAGCGUGGUACUCUUCCUCUGCGUUGUACUUGCCUCCAGUGUGAUCCCUGCUGAGGCUCGUAGACUCGAUCAAAGCGGCUUGCAACCUCCUUGCGCCGCCGGCAGCAGGCGUGGUCCGAGCAGCACCCAAGAUGCAUACUUGCUGCCUUAUCCUAAUACCAGCGAUGCGUCCUUUGUGGCGAUCCUCUCCGUGGGCGACACUGCAGCCAAUGGCUACCAGUUGGUGGGCAUUCCCGAUGGACUUGGCGCCUACGUCGACGAGGAUGCAGACCAGAACACCUUCAACCUGCUCAUGAACCACGAAAAUGGUGAUACAGUUGGAGCUGUGAGAUCUCAUGGAGCGCCAGGAGCUUUCGUUUCCAAGUGGACCACUGAAAGGAGCACGCUGGCUGUACUCAAGGGAGAGGAUUUGAUAAAGAAGGUAUGGGCUUGGAAUCGUACCUCCAAGUCGUACCGCGACCCCAACGCCGCCGGCAGCACACCCGUGGCUAUGGCACGUUUCUGCAGUGCCACUUUGGCCGAGCAGUCCGCAUUGUAUAAUCGCGAGUCUGGAAAAGGUACGAAGGACAUGAUUUUCCUCAACGGCGAGGAAGAUGGCACCGAUGGCCGCGCCUUCGCCCACAUCGUCACGGGUCCUUACGCCGGUAACACCUUCGAGCUUCCGCAUUUCAGCAAUGCUGGAUUCGAGAAUAUUGUCCCUCAUCCCAACUUGAAAAAGCUGGAAGAUAUCGAGGGUGCGGCCGAUAAAACAGUGGUGAUGGCGCUCGACGACAAUGGCCACAACCGCGUGUUCGUCUACGUGGGCGACAAGAGCACAACUGGCACGCCAGUGGAGAAGGCUGGACUCUUCGGUGGCAAGCUGUACGUGAUCUACCUCGAGAACAUCAGCGAUGAAAUCAACAACGGUGGUAGCCUGGUUGCAGGUGACACAGUGCCCUUCACGGCCGUGCUUCUGGGUGAGGAUCUCUCUGGUGCCGACGGAUCAGGCGCUGCAUUGAGGAGUCGCUUCCUUCCUGUGAACAACCCAAACCCACCCGCCGACCCCAAGAACACCAAGUUCGACCGUCCCGAGGACGGUGCCUGGGAUCCCAAGAAUCCUCACAUCUUCUACUUCGCUGUGACCGCCGCCUUCAGCGUCCCCGGGCGACACUCACGGAUCUGGAAGUUGAAUUUUGAGGAUCCCACCCUCACCACGUCCAACCAUGGACAAGCUACUGUCCUCAUCAACGGCCCCGACGGAGCUGACAUCUCGGGACCCAAGAUGAUGGACAACGUGGGCAUGAACGAGAAAGGCGAUAUCAUGAUCAUUCAGGAGGACGUUGGGAAUCAGAGACACUUGGGCCGCGUCUGGGAAUACAACUUGAAGACUGAGAGCUUGAUUCCGAUCGGACAACACAACCCCGCGUUCUUCUCUUUUCCCGCUGUAAAGACGACUGAUGAGGAGUCAUCGGGUGUGAUCAUGGCGGAGGAUGUUCUCGGCGACGGGUGGUGGUUGCUAGAUGUGCAGGCGCACAAGCAGCUGCCCAACAAUCUGGUGGAAGAUGGGCAGCUCUUGGCCAUGUACACCGGCAAGUGCUAGAAGCCUGAUCGAUUGUUCUAGGAUAAAACUCUGACAUGUCUUCCAUGAAAUUCAAUGGAAGUGGACCCAGUGGUUUUCAGAACACUCUGUUACAUAAUAAUCUAAUUCAUGUACUUUUUAUACAGAAAUUUAAAUUUCUGAGUUUUUACGCAUUGCACAA